GUUACAUUUCUCUGACCUCGGAAGCAAAGGAAAACACGACGAGUCGGUAACAGAAUUUGGAUAAUUUCUCAUUGCAGCUUUCUCCUGAAAAUGAACAGAUGAUUUUACCAUGAGCAGUCAGAGCAGUGGUGACCAACCUGAGGAUUCAGAAAAUUUAGCCCGCCCAGCUGUAACCUUAUCAUCACAAGCCCAUGUCCAUCAGAGGUCGCUGGGGAACCUCACUCAAGGAACCACCACCUACCAGGUAAACCUACUGGGACAGGGUGCAUUAUCAAAGUCAGCAGCAUUGAACAGACGUAUGUUGACGGGAGGUCCUGGUGCCUCACCGCCCGCUCAUCCCUCGCAGUUAUCUACCAUCAUACCAACAGGUAUACAGAUUGGCAUUUCAAUGGAUGCCAACAAGUCGUUGUCAACAACAGCCUCCCUGGUGGGAGUUCCACCACCAGCGAUUGUUAGCGUAGGAAUGGCAACGCCAAGCAUUGUACAAAUCAAUGCCACUUCCUCCUCUUCUCUUCUCAGCCAAGCGCUCCCCCUCACUGGCAAUAUCAGGGGGGCAUCUCAGCACCAGAACCCAACCUUCCAAACCCAUCUCCCCAGGGGAGCGGCGACUGCAGCCUCUGUGUUGGCCUGUCCUAAGUCUGUUAUGACUGCAAUGCCAGUACUACGCCAUAAUGCAGCCACCAUACACAUCCCAGGCACCGCACCUCAUGGUGGUCACACGUUAACAACGCCGCGGAGCCAGCUUAUCACCCCAAACAUCCGGCCAACUACCCCCCCACAAACUCACUCCCCAGCACCCACAGUCAGUCUGGCAGGGGUUCCCACAUCAGAAACACACAGGGUUGGAAUAUCUGUCCAGGCAACAGGAGCCUCAAGUUCUGCCUCCAGUAUACAUAUCAAGCUUCAGACGCCAGGCACCACUACGGAGCCCCUCACAAAACAGGUCCUGUCUCAGUCAGCCAAGCAGAUCCAUGUGGCACAGAACCUAAGCUCCGUCCCCAAGGUCCUCAUGUCUCAGGCAGCCGUCACACCCCUCGUACAGCAUUCUCUCAAGGCUGCAGCACCCAAACAAAACAAAGCUGCUGUAGCGGCAGGUGUGGCACUAUCUUUAUCUUCGACAGGAAUCUCUCCUUUAUCUAUCUCCUCUGUAACCCCGUCAACGGCACCAUCCGCUGUCCCCUCUAUCCCUAUAGCGAAAGUACCCCCAGUGCGACAGCCAACCGCGCCAGCCAGCUUAGCAGGAAUCACGCGCAUGUCUUUACCACUAGACCAAAGCAGUUCCACACCAAGCCAGCCCCACACCAAACAGACACACAGUUUGCCCCAGGGACAACCUCACACUACACAGACACAUCCUGUUCUCCAGGGACAGACCCACCCUCCUCAUACACAUCCCCAAUCCCAGGGACAGACAACCAGUUUUGUCCCCCAGCCACACCGGCCAGCCAAUAUCGCCACAAGUCAUCUGCUCAACCCUGUGACACACACAGAAAUUCGGCCAGAAAGACCUGUUGGGAUCUCUACGUUGCCCCAGUACCCAAUGGCUUUGCUGACCGAGUACCAACAGCUUAUGUAUCAACAGCUGGCCUCUCAGAUACGGCCCAACCAAGCGGGACUGGCGGUGCCUGCAGCUGCUGGACCUCAUGCACUGUCUGUCUCCUCUGCUCAGACAGUCAAGUUCAGCCCGAUGACUUUAAUGGCGGGUGACCCUCUACGAUUACAGACGCUGUCAGUACACACACCCUUCUCUAGUGCUUCAGUCUCUACAGUGUCAGACAGUGGUGCAAGGUCUUCAACUCCGAAUGAUUCAAUAAGUGGAAUUUCCUGUGCCGUGUCCACUGCUUCCAUUCCUGUCCCAGCCCUCUCUGCCAUCGCCAUGGCAACCUCGUCAGCACUUUCUAUAGCUCCAACACUGUACUCUAUGACCUCAGGGGCACCUCACCCAGGCUCCCUGACCCCACAGCACCCAUCAUCACAGGGAGGAUUAUCGAGCACACCGGUCAGUCAGCCGAAUGCCUCACCACGCCCCAGCAUACUCAGAAAGCGUACCAAUGAAGGAAAUACUCCUGUGAAGAAGCCUGUGUGUGGUCUCAACACGAUGACGGACAGACACAGUCCGCGGCCAGACUCGAGAACAGACUCUGCCCCCCAGUCUAACACCAGUUCUCCAAAGACACCUGCCACACCUGCUGGUGAGAGUCAGUCAUCCACAGACACGGCUCUGUCAAGUGAGGCCACUACCCCAACUCACAACUCGCUAGGCGACAUGAAAAUAAAGCAGGAACCACUAGAUGCUGUGGAAAAUGGGUUUCCAACAGCUGUAGCAAUAGCUGCCUCCCUGUCUGCCUCACUACCCAACUCCGUGGAAGCAUCUCCUAGAAAGAAACCCAGAAAACAGUUACUACAUGCCAACGAAGAGCUACGUGAUAACUCCUCAACAGACGAAGAUGUGGAGAAGGUGGAGGAAAUCAAAGAAGAAGUGCCGGACCCAGUGAAGAAUGAGAUGAAGGAUGAAUAUGUUGAUGAUGAAGGCGUUCGAUGGACCAUUGAAAAAACCAAACCAUCUUUAUCUCUACUUAACUUUUAUAAUAUUUCAUGGAAAUCAAAAAAUAACCAUUUCAAUCGAUACACAGAUGUUAAACCCAAAGAUGAGCGGCGGCCAACAGUGAACGAGCUGUCGAAUCAGCGAGGAGUGAUGCAGAAGGCCAGUGGCUGGAAGUUGUUCCAUGUGGCAGCCCAGCUGGAUGAUCUUACGGAGUUGGAGAGAACACUGAACAGUAAGGUUCUAACACUACAGUCCUCAAUGGCCCCACAGUCAACCUCUCGUCACAGUCUCACGGAGGACGACCUCGGCCUACUGCACGAACUUGCACAGGGUAACAUUCAGCGUUCACGGCUUAUAUCUGACCAGCUGGAGGAGGCUAAAUCGAACAUGUUCAAAGUGCUGGAACACAAAACCAAAAUUACAGAGAUUAUUAAUAAACACAUGAGCAAGAGACCUAUCAAAAAGAAGGAAAGAACGUAGCAGGAUCAUGGAGAAUUUUGUGGACAAAUGAUUGUGUUCAGUACUGGAAAACUAGGGCAAUCACUAUGACCUUUGACCCUGUCUGGGUAUAAAGGAGAGUAUCCAUGGAGGACUGGGAAAUAAAACCCCAAAAGGACCAUGUAUGCAGUCUAGAUCUAUGGAGGAAUAUCCACAGUCACCAUAUGGGUACUGCCAUAGUAGUUACUCUGCAAAUCGAGGGCAAAUGGAGGGACACAGAACAGAGGGUUUGUAGAAAUACAAAGUCAAUCUGAGGAAUGGAAUGUCAAGGAGGUUUUUUCUUGAUCUUCUAAAAAGAUGAAUUACACUGAAAGUAGGACUGAAUACUUGUGUACUAAGAUGACAUUCUGAUGAUCUGUGGAGGGAUAUCAGAUAAUGUGAAGCCUCCAUAGAAAUACGAGACAGUAUGGACGGAAAGGAUAAGUUAUACUUUAAAGUGAAAGCAGGGAUAUUAAAGGGAAGGUUUUUAUCAAUGGAAUGAACAGGAAAAUCAUAUGUCCAGAGAAAUGUGAUUGUUUGGAGUGGGGAGAUGUAUUUUACACAAGUAAUGAGGUUUUGAUAGAAAAGAUUAAGUUUUAUAGAAUGUGAAUGUACUAACAGGACAGUUAAAACUGUAUAGAAAUCUGAAGAAAAAGAUUUGAAGGAUAAAAUUAUGGAGUGCAAUGUGGAGGGAUGUAGCAAUUUUUGAGAUGUUAAGUCUGAAUGAUAAAAUGCUAUAGAAAAAAGGAAAUGAAAGUACAUGUUAACUUUAAAAUGUGAAGGUUCAAAAAAGUAUAUCUAUGGCAUAGAAAGGUAGAAAACUGUAGAAAUACUACAGUAAACGGAAGAAAGAAGUAAUACAAAUCUUAGGGAGUAAAUUUUUAAACUUUUAUAAAGGGAUGUAAUUCUACAAAAUUACCUGUCUUUAUUUACAUCCAAAUAUAUUACACACCAGUGCUAUCAAAUGAACUUUACCUUAAACAAAGGUUGGAAGAGUCCACUUUGAUGAGAAAGGUGUGAUAGGUUGUGAGAAGGUUUCCUAUUCAAUGGUGAUGUUGAGAUGGAUAUGGAACAGGAAUUACAUUUCCUAAACUGUGAAAUGUUAACUGAAACAAUCAAGUCAUUGCUGUAGGGAUACUUUCUCUGGAUAUAUAUACAUUAAUGAAUUUAUUUGUAUUAAAUAUUUGAGAAAAAGUCCUCAUUAAAUAUGGAA